AUGGCCGCACGAUCCGCCCUCUUCCUCCUCACCACAGUUGUGCCGGCGUACGUCUCGGCGUUACAGGUCACGCCGAAUUCGCCGUGUGCCUCUUUCUGUCUGGACUCCAUCGGCCUCGACGUCUCGGACCCCAACUCGUCCAACACCAAGGGCAAGGACAUAACGUGUACGGAUGACCAAUAUCAGACCGAGGCCGCGGGCCAGAAGUUCCAGCAAUGCAUGAGCUGUCUGCAAGACAGCCAGUUCGUCCAGGGGAACGAAAACGACCAGGACUGGUUUUUGUACAACAUGAGGUACUCCUUCGACUACUGCAUCUUCGGGUAUCCCAACGCCACCGGCGUCGGCUCCGGCCCGUGCAUGACGUCCACCGCAUGCGGCGCUCUGGAGACUGCUCUCACAGACGGCGAGCUGGACCCUGCGAAGUCAUCGCAGUACUCGUAUUGCGACGCGGAUGGCGGCGCCAUGCUCGGCUCGGCAUACGACAAGUGCCUUUCUUGCGUCAGAGCGGGUGACCUCAUUGCGCUUGAAGCGGGAUGCCAGCAAAGGCCGGCCCCAGGCAACCUCGUCGGCCUCAACGACACCGUCUUCACAAAAGGAACCAUCACAGCCAUCGACCCCAAAGAUGCAGCAAAGUCUAGCAAAGACGACACCCCUGGCCUCCCCACGACGGCCAUCGCCGGCAUCGUCAUCGGCGCCAUUGUUGCUUUUCUCUUCGUGGCCGGCUGCACCUUCAUCCAAUGGCGCAAGCGCAAGGCACGCAGGGAAGGCCGCGGCAUCAACCCGGAGCUCUCCCGCCGCGCCAAGGGCCACCGCCCGGUCUCGUCGCUCUCGUUCCGAUGCCAGACCCAUCUCUCACCCAAGAGGCCAAACUUCUUCUCCAUUGAGGAGGAGGACGCGCACCACGAGAAGCACCCGCACCAUUACGAAGCCCAGAACCAGCACCAGGACAUGACCUCGAGCCCCGUCUCCAAGCCUAGCCUCUGGAUGCCGCACAACUCCAUCUCCUCCCUGCAGGGCACAGCCCCCGUACCCUACACGGACCGCAAGCCCACGCAAAAGGAGACGCUUCCCCUCGCCAACAUCACCACGAGCCUCCCCAUCAUCCCCGUAAAAGCCCACUCCCCGCGCUUAAACAUGUCGUCUCCGCAAGACGACUACGCCACCCCCACCUCCACGACCUCGGCGGCGCCCCUGCUGCCCUUCCGGCCCUACGUCCCUUCGGAGCACGGCUUCUCGACGCCGUCCAUGGGCCACGCCGCGACCUUCAGCCCCGCGACGACGUACACGUCCCCGACGUCCGGGACCACCGCGAGCCCCCUGCUCAGCCAGGCCGGCUGGCCCGCGCCGACGCACCCGCGGCACUCGGCGCAGACGGAGUCGUCGUCGUCGUCGCCGCCCGCCGGGGACGCCGCGAAGACGAUCCCCUUCAUCGUGCGGGACCUCGCGCGCCCGCUGCCCAAGAGGAUCACGUCGCUGGGCGGCAGCCCCGUCGAGACUUCGACGAUCCAGACGGACUUCCCGCCGCCGCCGCCACCCAAGAAGAGGUAG